UGCAAACUAACAACCCUGCGUCCACAAAUAAUUCAAUCCUCCGUCAAGACCUUUCUGCAAAUCAGUCAAAUCAAUCUGAAGUCAUGGAAAAUAUGUCUGAACAAAUGAACAAUGCCCUUAUGGAACCUUAAAGCUCUAAGCAUGCCUGUAUGCUCUGCAUCUGUGCUCUACCUAUUCCUCUUGCUGCUGUGUGGGCUGCUGGGAGGCUGGGUGCUGUCCAUCUGCCCCGCUGCCUGCUCCUGCAGUGGAGGCCAUCGUGUUGUGGACUGCUCUUCACGAGGCCUGACCAAGUUACCGCCUGGUCUGCAGCAUAACAUUCGCUUUCUCAACCUUUCUUUUAACAGCUUGCAGGGUCUGGACAACCAGCUCAGCCACUAUGCCCAUCUGCGCAACCUGGAUCUGUCCUACAACCGCCUGGAGAGUCUUCCCCCUGCCCUGCCACGGUCUCUGUGGGACAUUCGAGCAGCAGGGAACCAUCUACGCUCUCUAGACAAAAAUGACACAGCCUACCAUUGGAACCUGAAAGUACUGGAUCUAUCAGAUAAUGAGCUAGAGAGAGUGGUCUUUAUCAAUAACACACUGUUGAGUCUACAGUCUCUUAACCUCAGUCAUAACAGGUUUUGGACAGUGCCCACAAACAUGCCACACAACCUGGAGAUCAUUGACUUGUCACAUAACUAUCUGUUGCAGAUCCUGCCCGGAUCGUUGGAUCGUCUGCCCCGACUGUCCCAGUUUUAUUUGCAUGCUAACCGCUUCACCUGGUUGUCUGAGGGAAUCUUUGAUAACCUAACAGGACUGGAGAUUAUUACUCUUGGGGAUAACCCCUGGGCUUGUGAAGAAGAAGAACACAUAACAAAGCUCCUUAGAUGGUCAGAGAAAACCCGUGCAACCGUUUUGGGGUGCCCCUGUUAUACAAGACCCAUCUGUGGGCAAUCCCAUUUACCAGUAACAGGAAGGGAAAGGCACUCAGCUCGGUUUACGGAGCCACCACUCUGGGUUAACAGCAGAAGUGAAGGGCAGGAUGUUCAAUUGCCCCCAAGGACUGUAGAGAACACACCUAACUAUCAGGUGAAGUCUCCACUUGUUGACAGUGGAAUGUAUCAGGGCAAAGCAGGUAUGAAUGAAUCUGGGGAUCACAUCUGGACAUCUUCAACAAGUAUGGAUAGUUUUUCUUCACACACAAGCACAACAGAACAUCCAAAGUCUUUAACCAAGAAGCCUAAACUAACUCAUUUAUAUAAUGAAGGCUGCAAACUGGACAUCAAAACUCAACAAACAGUCAUUCUGUCUGUUGUAGUCAUGACAACUGCAUUCACCACCGUCUAA